AUGGGUGUCCAUUAUGACAAUAACACCAAUGAUUUGAGAUGCACCUCUCUUGAAUGCCGACAGCCAAAGGAACCUUCUGGUGCAUUUAUUGAUAAGGCAAAACUUCACUGGAAACUCCCAUUGUCCGGAAAAAGCAACAUAAAGCAUUUCCAAGCUACCGUAAGGAAUAAUGAAGGAACAGUAUGGAUCUCGAAAGAUAUAUCCAAAGACAGAACCUCUGUUGAAAUAGCCGGGAAGACAUUGCGUUGUGGUCGACGUUACCAAGCUUCGAUUGAGACACACUUUAAAAGCAAUGAUGGCACUGGUUCACAUGCCUCAGAAGUGACGUUUUACACAAGACCUUCCAAGCCUAAGGACAUCCAAAUUAAAUCUGACGACGAUUUUGUUUACCUGAAUUGGCGACCAUGUGAAGGCGCUGAGAAAUACGAAAUUAAGGUCUUAGACAAAAACACGGAGGAAACUUUGCACCCGGAAACAACUGCAGGCAACGAACACGAAUGCAAGAUCAAAAUUGACCAAUCAACAUCGAUUUUCCUCGGAAAUGAUUACAAGUUUCAAGUCAUCUCGAAGAUAGGAGACUGGGAGAACAAAUCUGACAUUGUUUCAAAAUUCAUAGGGGACGAAAAUUGCCCUCAACGUGUUAAAGCCGAAAAGCGCACAGGCGUGAUCGCAAUACGAUGGUACCCACCGGAAAACACAAACGGCUUCAAGGAAUACAGAGUGGACGCAAUGACUUCCACUCACAUACCAAAAUCGUAUUUCACCAAGAGUACCUACUUCGAAAUUCCACAGAAGGAACUCCAGGCUGGCACAACCCACACAUUUCAAGUGGCAGCAAGAACUGAAAAGACAACGAGCAAGUUCUGUGCUGCGCCUCCGAUAAAGACUGAUCCACGUGUCAUCAAAGUUGAAGGUCUUCGUGUAGACUUAAAUCCAGAAAAUCCAGAUACAGCUGUAAACAGUUUUUGGAAUCCUACAGACGGUGCAGUAACUUACAAAAUAAAGUACAAGAGCAUCGAUCGCUCAGUGACGACGGAAAUUUCCAAGACUGUGACGUCACACACGCUCACUGAUCUUCAGCCAAACACGAAAUACGAAGUCCUAGUAAAAGCAGCAGAAAAACUAGGAUAUGGGUCUUAUUCCGCUCAAGAAACGAUUAAAACUGAUUUCAGCGUUGCCAGAGAUGCCGCAGUGAAGCUGAUAGAAGCGGUACCCGACUCCGUUUCGUUAUCAUUCACACCUGCUCUUGGUGCAACUGCUCACAUCAUUGAAAUAUUUCGGGUUGGCGAGGAGGAAACGCGUAAAAUAGAAACAGAGAAGGACUUCUUGAUUAUCGAUAAAUUGGAACUGGCAACGGAAUACGGGAUAACCAUCACAUCUAAAUAUGGAACGGAGACAGGAAAACCCAUCAAAGACCCCAUCAGCGUACUGACAGUUCCGGGAAAACCGAAUUACCGUGAUAUUCAUUAUGUUUUGGACAACGGUAAACCGGAAAGCAAAUUUUUGCUGGCCUGGAAAUCACAGAACCAUUGCGAAAAGCAUGAAGUAUUGAUCAAAUGCAUAUGCGAGAGUGGAAGCCGUGGAGAGCAAGUUUUGAGUUCAGAAGGAGAUAAAGCAAGUUUGUUUUGCCAGGCCUUGCAUAAAGGUUGCGAGUGCGCUGUCUAUAUUCGUGAAAGAAAUAAAAGUGCAUUCGGAGAAUGGUCUGAAGAGAAGAUUGUUAGAACAGCCCCGGAUAAGGCAAGAAAACUGCAGUUGGACCUGGAAGACAACAUAUUGCGAGCUAAAUGGGAAAGAAGUGAAAACGCGAGCAAAUACCAAGUCACGCUAUUCGAAGAAGGCGAAAAAGCGACAGGAGUUACAUGCGAAUCUAUUGGAACAACAUUCACAAAUUAUGUCACGCAACCUGGUGCGUUUUAUACCUGUACCGUCAUUCCAUUCAACAUUGAUGGAAUUUCAGGAAAGGAGACAACUUCGGAAAAGUGUUUCAUACCUCUCCUUCCACCUUCCAACGUGGAAUACCAGUUUAGUGACACGGAGCACGAUCGCGUUUCGAUUUCAUAUGAAAAGUCACAUGGAAUGACGUCAGCCCUGGUAGUUAUGUCACAUCCGGAAGAAAAAGAUAUCACGUUUACUGGGAAAGACUCUUGCCUUUCUCCGCCUCUUAGUGACGGAAGAACGUACAGUUUUAAAAUCUGGGCGAUGAAUGGGAAUCUUCGAAGUCCGAAGCAUUACGUUGGGACCAUAGUUACACGUCCGAAAGACGUUACUAUCUCACGCCCUCUGGUUGACCCGACAACAAAUUUGGAAUUGGAGAUACAUUCUGAUCACAGGGGAGCUUUUAUUUUGAAAAUCAAAGGAAAGGAUGUCGAAGAAUAUGAAGAGAUUGUUCAGGAAAGAAAAACAAUUUUGAAAAAUCUAAUUCCCGCGACUCCCUACGUUAUUCGCGUGUCUUGUGUCUCAAAAGACGUGAAAACGCCAGAAAAGUCGAGCCCAUCUGUGGUCACACGUAAGAUUUUAUAUACCACAUGUUUUUGA